UUGAGUUUGUUAUGACAAGUCGAGGCCUCGGACUAAAUUAGGAGCGAAGCCCCCUGUCUCUGUCUGGGCGAAUCCGUGAUGGAAGGCAUGGACCUGGACCUGGACCUGGACCAGGAUCUCAUGCAGAAAUUCAGCUGCAUGGGUACAACAGACAAAGAUAUCUUAAUUUCGGAAUUUCAGAGGCUCCUCGGGUUCCAGCUAAACCCCGCCGGAUGCGCCUUCUUUCUGGACAUGACCAACUGGAAUUUACAAGCAGCCAUCGGAGCCUACUACGACUUUGAGAGUCCCAACAUCAGUGCACCGGGCAUGUCCUUUGUGAGUGACGUGACGAUCGGCGAGGGCGAAUCAGUCCCACCGGACACACCUUUCACAAAGACCUGGAGAGUACAGAACACGGGUGCAGAGUCAUGGCCUCCGGGGGUUUGUCUGAAGUACGUUGGCGGAGAUCAGUUCGGUCACGUAAACAUGGUGAUGGUGCGGUCUCUAGACCCUCAGGAAAUGGCUGAUGUUAGUGUGCAGAUGCAGAGCCCUGCCUCUCCUGGCAUGUACCAGGGCCAGUGGAGAAUGUGCACAGCCACCGGGCUUUACUAUGGAGAUGUCAUUUGGGUGAUCCUGAGCGUGGAGGUCGGAGGGCUCCUUGGCGUCACGCAGCAGCUGUCCUCUUUUCAAGCAGAGUUCAACACCCAGCCUCACCGCAGCCUGGAAGGAGACUACAACCCGUUCGCCUCGCCGGAGAAGAGCAAGUGCCCCAACAGCAACAACAACAGCCUCCAUGAUGCCAGCGGUCACAUGGUCACAGAGGAACAUUGGCAGGGAAGCCCCGACCAGCUGCAGCAAGAUCAGAAUGGACUUUCACACAACUCUGUGGAUAUAGUAGCAAGUAGUCUACAAAGCAAUCUAUCAGUAGUCUCUUAUAACCAGGGUAUACAGGAGCCCUAUCCCUUCGGGCACUCUUAAAGCAUGGGACUUGUCACAGUGAAGCAGCACUAAACCUCUGGAGUCUGUCACACCGAUGAGAGAGAGAGAGUAGCCGGUCGAGAGUGUGACGAUUCAAAAACACUUUAUGCAAAAGCCCAGCUACACUCUGAGGAACCAGAGGCCAACGCUCCCCGACGUGCAGCUCAACCAACAUCCCACAAACCCACCGUAUGCACGUGUGAAUGCUAACUUAAAAAUGAGUGCUAUGAGUCUUUCGAGUGGUGACUUUUUUUUCUUUUUUCAGAUUUUCCGUUUUUUGUUUUCAGUUGUCAAGAGUGCAAAAUGAAACAAUGAUGGCGGGGUGUGUGUGUAUUUGUGAAAUUGUGUGUGCAUUGUGCAACCCGAAAGAGAGACUAUGGAGGAAAAGCCAUUUAUUUUGCCAACUGAUUCUCCAGUUUCUGCUCUGACUCUUGGUAUAUUGAUCGGGUUUCUGCACCUGUUCACCCUGUAACUGACUCUGAUACUAUUGGCGUCUCUGAAACAAACCAUUCGAUAUCAUUAUUUGCUUUUUAUAUUCAUUUUUUAACAGAAUGGGGACAGACACAUCCUUCAGAAUUAUAUAUCUUUAGCUCAUUCAACAUGACUGGUGCAUUGUGGGCAAUCAUUUCUAUGCUGUCGUAGAACCAGCAAUUCUAAACACCUGCAAUUGUACUGCACUGGAGGGAGUCGGACAUUACUCUAACACAGAAGGUAAAAUCAGCACUGAUAAGCAGAACUAUUUCAUUUCUCAGAAUGGCUCCUAUGAUUUCUUUAGUAAGACUUAAAAAUUGUACAGAAACAUUUUUCUCUAAAGCUUUAGAAUCUGGAGCCAACAUGCUGAAGGUUGUUUUGUUUCCACACAUGAAUAUAGAGUCGUUGCUUUGCAUCUAUACAAAGCUUUGACAUAUUAGCAGAGUAUUCAUUAUUAGUAUUAAAGCAGUAUUAGAGAUUUCCCCACUUAUUGUCUGAAGCUAAGAGUUAGUGUUGUCUUACAUGCUUGCAUUAGAAUAAAAUAAAUCACAGGAUUAAUGCACAAUAUGACACAAGACAUUGAACUCAAGCCAUACGAACAGCGGUAAAAACAACGUUGCGUUAUUAAAACGUAAAUGUCCCUUUUCCUUUUAAAGCUGUCUUGGAGUUGCUUUUAUCACAUUAAGUUGAAUGUAUUUGAUGAAUGUAGAAGAGGAUAAUGUUUAUUCAUUUACCCAAAGAUUUGACUUUGUAUAUUUGCAUUGAACUGGCCGUUUUAUUUAUGUAAUUAUUGUUCUGAAUAUUCCCGUCUAUGGUUGAAAUUAUGCUUGGAAUGUUCCACAUUAGAGUCUCCAAAUUCUCUCACUGAUCGUCGAUGAGCUUUCUAAAACACAUUCGGUCCUGUUUGAUCCUUUCAGACUUAACUGCACCAGUAAAAAUAUACAAUGAAA